CCGAGUGCCUGCCUGCUUGCCUGCUUGUCUGCCCCGAGCCUGCUUCUUGAAGCAGUUAUCGCUCCGUGUGGCAAGCCGGCCACGCCGUUAUCGGGAGUGCCUUUGAAGGAGAAGAGAGAGUGGAGAAAAAAAAAGAAAAAGAAAAGUGAUGACCCGAGAAUGACCGCAUAAAAAGCGUCCCCGCCCGCUCGGCCGACCGACCUACCGACCGAGCGGCCCUUCAGCGGCGUGCAGGGCCCUCUCCCCUCCCUCGGCGUCUGUCGGGACCGAGGCUCGUGCGAUGGUGUUGUGUUUUGCGCGGCUAUUAAGGCUGUUAUCGGCGCGGCUCGCCAAGGUCUGCCUCGCGCGUAGGUGAAACGAACAUGGCUUUUGAAAGUCGCCAAUGAUUGGUUUACUGAACGAUUUGACUGAAUAAUCUGCUGUGUAAUCAGGCAAAAAAACACAAAGAAAUAGAAACAAAAUCCGUUAUAGAAUAAGGCUAAAGACAAGAAUUUAAAAGGAAUCUAAAAGCAGUGAUUAAAAUUCCGUCGAAAGAAGUGACUACGAGAAGUGACGAUGCCCGGGUCGCAGGGCCUUCCUCUCGACUAGGUCCGUGCGCUCGAGGCCGCGGCGCGAGCAUGCAGGAGGGCGUGCAGCCGGACAUGCUGUUCCCCGUGGACGCCGACCAGGCCCACUACCUCACCGUCAUGACCAACCGCUGGCGCUGGCGAACCCCCAGCCCCGGCUACGACUCCAGCGACCACGCCCCCAGCCCCGCGCCUAGCUCCGCCCCCAGCCCUCUCAAGCCCUCCUCCAGCAGGAGCUCGACCGCCUCCCCCUCCGCUGGCGUCGGCCCCGCCCACUCGAGGAAUCGCCCCGCCUCCCGGGACGCCGUGGCCACGCCCGACCUCGACGGCGUGGCGCUGACCCGGUGCGGCCUGGUGGUGGGCGAGGGCGAGGGCGUGCCCCUGGGCGACGGGCAGAUCCCCUCGCCCACGUGGGCGGGAAUCGAGGCCGGCGACAGCGACGCGAAGGCCGGCGCAGACGAAGCCUCCGGAGGCAGCGAGGCGGCGCCGGAGCUGGCCCUCAGGGCGACGAGAAGAGACGACGAUGAAGACGACGACGGUGGCGACGCGGGCGGGGUUGCCGCGGACGUGGUGGUGUCGCUCGACUCCUCACGGGCGGCGUCGCUCACCCGCACGUGCAAGUGGGCGGGAUACAAGAAGAUUCAGCUGGCUGCGCUAACAAGUGUGCCGGAGUUUAUGUAA